GUUCUAACGAAGUACGGAGGCAGUGCACGCCGUGGACUACAAUUCCCAGCGUGCAUCGCGGUGCCCCGUGACGUUUCGCCUUCCAUUGGUCCAGAGCCGCGCAGGGGCGUGUCCGUUCUCGCGUGGUUCUAAAGCUGCGCGUUGGGACGGGGCCGCUGCUCGGGGCGUGAUUGGCUGGAGGCGCUCCGCGUGGCGGAGCGGGUGAGGCGCGGAAGAGACGCGCUGCGGCCAUCAUGGCGGGCACCGCCGGCGAGGAGGAGCUCGAAGCCUCGUGGCAAGACCUGGGCCCGGGCCCGGCUUCGACUCCGACGUGGGCUUUGGCACUGACCCCGGCCCCGGGACCGACCCCGGCCUCAACACCCUCUUUGUCUCUGGCCUCGGGGUCUCUCCAACCCCUGCAGGACCUGACCGGCGAUGGAGGGGUGCGCAAGGAGCAGCUGUGCCCCGGCACUGGGCAGCCUGUGCCCCCAUCCGCCUCCGUGGCAGUGAAGUACUCCGGGUACCUGGGAAAUUGGAAUAAGCUCUUCUGUUCAAACGGGAACAGCAAGUAUCCAAGGCUGAUGAAACUUGGAAAAGACAUCACACUGUGUGGGCUGGAGAUUGGGCUGCUGUCUAUGACCAAAGGAGAGGCUGCACUUUUCAUCCUCACUCCAGAAUAUGCCUAUGGCCAGCGGGGCUGUCCUCCCUCCAUCCCUCCAAACACCACUGUCCUCUUCAAGGUGGAGGUGCUGGACUUCAUAGACUCAGAGGAGUGCGACGCAUUCUUUGAGUUGACUUAUGAACAACGGGAUAGACUUCCUUUAGAAAAGGUGCUGAAAGUGGCAGCCACAGAGAGAGAGUUUGGCAACUACUUCUUCUAUAAGCAGUGCUUCAAGAUUGCCAAGGACAGAUACAAGAGGGCACUGUCCAUCCUGGGUCGCAGCUCUUCCAGUAAGGCAGAGCAGAGCCAGAUCAACGCUUCCAAACUGCUGCUGUUCCUGAAUCUUUCACUCACUUACCUGAAACUGGAACGUGCUGACCGAGCUUUGAAAUACGGGCAGUUAGCCUUGGAGAUGGACCAAAGAAAUGCCAAAGCGCUGUUCAGGUGUGGCCAGGCUUGUCUCUACAUGAGGGAGUACAGCAAAUCCCGGGAUUUCCUGGCCAGAGCUCAGUGCAUCCAGCCCUUCAACCGUGAUAUUAACAAUGAGCUGAAGAAGUUGGCAAGGUUCUUGGCAAAGUCCCUUGGAGAUCAAGAGGCAGAAUCCAGGGUGAGAGAUACUACAAGGAGUACAUGGAAAUGGAGAAAGAAAUGUGCUGCCAGAUGUUUGACCCUCUCAAUUCUUAUGGCUGAGAAGAAGUCAAGGACUGUUCCAGCUGUCCAGCUCUUGGCACAUGGAGGAGAUCUCAGCAUCACAUACAGGUUUUUGGAAAAGGGGCAGGAGCACUGUCUUACUUGGAGGGACUGAAGUGAAGGUUUUGUCCUGAUUUUCCUGCAGUUUAGUUUGUUUGCCAUGUUUUGAGGCAGUUUCCAGAAUAAUUAAGUCACACUGUUGGAGAGGAAGGGGUUUGUGUAAAUUCCUUUUCUUCUCCCACACACAUAGUUUAAAGAAAACUCUUUCCUGAUAUCCUGCUCUUGCAGAUAAAUCCUAAGCUUCUUUCAUGGAGUUUGUAAGUAGGAGGAGAAUGCCAUGAAGUUUUCUAUUUACAUAGGUUGUUCUUAAAAAAUUAUGAUUGAUAUUUUUGUUCUGAAGAAAUAAAACAACCUGAGGACUGAA